AUGAUCUUUGAUCAUAUUCUGGAAAGAGCACUGAACUUCAGAGCAAGGUUCAGGUUACCCUAUCCUUGCUUGAUUCAAAGUAUACUCAUCAAGCAGUGCCCUGAACUCAUUGAUCCAAAGGAGAACACUGAGGUUGUUCAAAAACCUCUAGUAGUUGAGUCAAGAAUCAAAAGGAAGAAGGGAAAAGGUAAGAAGGACUUCAAGAAGAUGCUGGAGACACUCAAGGACGCAGAAAAGGCUCUGAUCAAGAUGGAACUCGGUCUAAGGAAGCAGGCAACACACUGCCAGAAGAUUCGUGCAUCAGUCCAUGAAUUUGUGGAAGCAACUCUGAGGGGAGAAAUUGAGGAAGCAGAAGGAGAUCUAUACUCAGAAGAAGAAGAUUCGGAGGAAGAAGAAGAAGAAGAGCCUGAGAUGCCCAAACAAACUCCACGGAAAGCAGAAACCUCGAAGAAGUCAGGAACAAUCAAGAAAGUUAAGAGGGUCAAGAGUUCAUCGGAGGACUCAUCUGAUCGAUUCUGA